AUGAUGAACAAAGUUGGCUGGCACAAUUGUUCAGGAGAAAAGAUCAAGACGGAAGUACUCAGAAAUCAUAAGGACUGGUGGGCUGCUGUCUUACCGGAGGGCUCAGAUGUCCGGGGACCUGCAGAGUUAAACCACCCACUUAAACAGCACCGACUACGUUCCACGUCGGCAACAACAUUCAAGGAUGCGGGAAUUGUCGAGAGUAUCGAAGAUCCAGCUGGUGAAUCCACUUCCGAUGAUGAAUUCGAGCCUCAAUCUUUUCUGGAUUGCGACUUUGAUCCUGAUUCCGACUAUACGCCAGACUCCGCCCCUGGCUCUGGUUGCUCGUCCGAUUUGGAAGGCAAAUGCCGCGAGACGUCAGGAAAUGAGAUACCUAUAUCCAGGAACACCCAAGACUCGGUCGACAAUGGUUUCGACGGUGCGGAAGAGAAAGAUAUUAUGAUCCAUAACCCCGAAGCGAGCAAGGCUCACGAGCCCUACAACUCUGAGUUCGAAGUUCAAAACUGGAUGAAGAAAAGACCUCACGAUGACAGCCUGCCCGAUGAGAUUUCUAUGAGUGAACGUAGAAUCAAAAGACCCUGCCAUGACUGGCAAGCGGCGGAUGUCACGGACACAAGCCUUGCAAAAGCUGCAGUUGAAGGAGUCAAAGUUCAAGAAACACGUUACCCAGACAGCCAACACCGACGACUAACCGAAGCGAUGCGAAACGCCCUUACUCAUGUCAACACUUGCCAAGAUCAGACCAAGUCAACGGCGCGUCAAGAAUCCACACACUCUCCUCCGGAUGCUGCAAUACAGAAUACACAUAUGUCAGUGGACAAUGCUCCCCAACCAGGGGCCACAAUAUAUCAGACCGGAAACGGAAGUGCUACCUCGGAGACCGGACUACAGGACAAUCGACUAUUAGGUCUUAGUGCAUCGCAGGUAAAAGACAUCUCUUCCCAGGUUCGCUAUUCGGUGACGAAUACACUUGAAGAUUACGUCUUUCGCAUUACCAGCUCGCACAAAGCCAUAGAAGAGAAGCUUGCAGCUGAGGUCCGGGAGAAAGAAGCCCUUGCAAGAACAGUGAAAGACUGCAGUCAACAUAUCCAAAAUCUGCAAGCACGGCUUGACUUUUACACUAAACGAAUGGUAACCCAGGCCCAGAAGGUAGCAAGACUAUCUAAAACGCUCAAGGAUGGCGGAGCAGGGGUUCAGGGUCAUACUGAUGCAACCGAAUUCGACGUUGCGUAG